CUGCAGGGGUUGCCUUCAUCUGCAUGAGUGAAGUUAACAAUUCCAAACAACACACACACAUACUGUACACACAGACAUGCACGCACGUGUGCACACACACACACACACAUUUUUUCAGACCUCAGACCACAGGCACAUCCUUCUUUUCUCUUCUGCUGGGUCUUGCACCAAAAUAGUGGUGAGAAGUGGUCAGUUAGGUAACGGGUACAAUGGUGAAGGACUGCGGUGCUGUGGGACCCACACAGCAGUGUGUACCUCUCUGGAUUUUACUGUUCUGCCACCAGGUGUCGGCUGAAGUUUUGAGAGAGAAUAUCUAUUUCAUUGGUGGGGAAUCAGGCAUUCUCACUGGACCAGCACCUCCACUGACAAAUGGGACCGAAUUUAGCUGGGAGUGGACGCCACACCACGGUGGGCUGACUGACAUCCAGAUAGCAACAGUGACUAUGCGUUCUCAACGCCUAACGUGGACACUGAAACAGCGUGGCUUUUGGGAAGGGAAUCAUUUUGCGAUUUCCAUGUACAAGUAUUUCCAUAAUGCCGGAGUUUAUUCCUUCAAACAAACACAACCAGCUUUGGCUCUGCUCAUGCAAUUUGAAAUCUUUGCAGUAGAAAUCACGUCGUUUUCAGAAUACCCAAUGGGUUUUGAUGUGCCCGGUUGGUGUGAGAUUUCCCGUCUUCCAAAAUCAUUCAUACUGCAGUGGGAGAAGGAAGGAGAUCCCACUGCCAACACCACACUGCUCUAUAACAACACCGCUUACAUCAUCAUCCACAGUGCCAAUCUACAGUGCAGUGGGAAGUACAUCUGCAGUGUGAGGAGGGAAAAUGGACAGCCUUUAUUUACUACAAGCAGCAAAUUAACAGUCACCGAAUAUACGUAUAGAAGAUCCAGCACUCUCUACAGAGGCAGCUCCAAGAGCAGUGCAGUGGAGCUGACUUGCCAGUCCAGCCGUGCAUAUGGGACAGCCGCGUGGUCACGGCAACAGCGGCCCGCAAUGACCCCGGAAGCACUGGUUUCGGCUAGCAAGAACCAGGCCGCUCAAACCGAGAGGAAGACCGACAGAGAAAGGUUCUCCUUUUUGGGUUUCAACGGACAGCGUUUCCCCCUCCGCAUUGCUCCACUCAAGUUUGAAGACGGUGGUAUAUACACGUGUCAACUUGGUGGUUACGUUUUUGCCCAAGUGACCCUGGUAAAUAUUCAGGUAUCAGCAGAGCCCCCUGGUGGUGCGUCCAGGUAUCAGCCAGUGGUGUUGAACUGCAUGGUGUCGGAAGUGACUGAGACGCUGACCCUGGCCUGGCUGAGGAUGGAGGGGCUCAGGGGAGUUCUGGUCAAACAGCAGGUCCUGGGGCGGAGUGUAUCUGCGAGGAACCUGAGUCUGACCCUGCCUAGGCUGAGCGAAGAUCAGCUGCACUGGGAGUGUGCCGUCUUCGGAGAGAGCAUGCUCAGAGCACGGGUCCCUCUGCACCUCAAUCUGCUGCCGGAAGGGAACAACAUGCCCAUGAUUGUUGCGAUGUGUGUGGGAGUGGUGUGUGUCGGGAUGCUGACCAGUGUACUGCUGCUUUACUACAGGAGGAGAGCAGCUGCAGCUCUGGCCGCAUCACCAGGAACAGGGAACCACACCCACGCCAAAUUCGAAGCUGUCUACUGUGAGGUCACAGAUUUACAGGGAGAGGGAGACAACCCCAAUGCAGAUAAAGCAGCUGGAAGUGAAGUCCUUUAUUCUGCUAUUUCACUGGGAGGCUCUAGCACAGAUCAGAAGAAAAGGCAUAAUCCUGAACCAGACUCUGAAGGACAGGCUGACGUGGUGUAUUCGGUCCUCAGAAUAAGAUGAGACAUGAAACCGCGUUCCCCGUUCGCACAGAAUUCAAGGACCAAAGAGUGGAUCAGCCCCAUUACCUGUAUCUCAGUCUUUAGCAUACGAUUGCAGUUGUGACACCGGCAAUGUAACACGUAUAAAUAUGUCAAUUUAUUUUUUGUGAAAUAUAUAACAGCACAAGAACACAUCUGUAAAUAUGUAGGUGUAUUUUAGGACCUACAGCUUUGUACUAUGCUAAGUGUACUAUAUUUUCAAUGAAUGUUAAACAUAUCUCUCCUUUUUAUAUUAAUUUGAUACAAAGAGUAUUUAAAAAUAAACACAUCAAAAUUUAA